CCCCCCGCCACCUCCCCGGGCUGCGAUUGGCGGGCCCCCGGGGGGGGGCGGCCUCCUGAGCCUGCAGUUCGCGCGCGGGGAAAGCGGUGGGAAACGGGGCGCCAGCUUGCGUGUCGUCUGCCUGCUCUUUGUGCGGGGAUUAGUCGCCGCGCCAGGUCCGGGAACGCGGCGGGCGCCGGGCGGCGUGUAAUCCAGGAUUUGCCGCGGCCGCGCGGUUUAUGGAAAACAGAUGUCUCAGCCCUGGGCCUGAGCAAAGGAUGGAAGUGACCGACCCGAGAGCCUUUGGGAAGCGAGGACACCGAGCUGAGGCCCUUCGGGAUCCAGCUGGGAGGCGGCUUGCCUUCGGCCCGUCCGCUGUUGCCGCUUCAGCCUAGAGCUCGAAAGUGCCAGGCAGUGCCGCCACUUCUCCCGCCGCGGGCCGUGCGCGCCUCUUCUGUCGCCGAGCGGGUCGCCGUUGCGCACAGCAGCGUGCAGGGUCAAAGACAGCCGGCCCCCCAUGUCAGUGGUCUAGGAUGGCCAGUGAAGCCACCAACAUCCCAAGUCCUGUGGUACGCCAGAUUGACAAGCAGUUUCUGAUUUGCAGUAUAUGCCUGGAGAGGUACAAGAAUCCCAAGGUUCUCCCCUGUCUGCACACUUUCUGCGAGAGGUGCCUGCAGAACUACAUUCCCGCCCACAGUUUGACCCUCUCCUGCCCAGUGUGCCGCCAGACCUCCAUCCUACCCGAGAAGGGGGUGGCCGCGCUUCAGAACAACUUCUUCAUCACGAACCUGAUGGAUGUGCUGCAGCGAACUCCAGGCAGCAACGCCGAGGAGUCCUCCAUCCUGGAGACGGUCACCGCUGUGGCUGCGGGGAAGCCUCUCUCGUGCCCAAACCACGAUGGGAAUGUGAUGGACUUUUACUGCCAGUCUUGCGAGACUGCCAUGUGUCGCGAGUGCACAGAGGGGGAGCACGCGGAACACCCCACAGUCCCCCUCAAGGACGUGGUGGAGCAGCACAAGGCCUCACUCCAGGUCCAGCUGGAUGCUGUCAACAAAAGGCUCCCAGAAAUAGAUUCUGCUCUUCAGUUCAUCUCGGAAAUCAUUCAUCAGUUAACAAACCAGAAGGCCAGCAUUGUGGAUGACAUCCAUUCUACUUUUGAUGAACUCCAGAAGACAUUAAACGUGCGCAAGAGUGUGCUGCUGAUGGAGCUGGAAGUCAACUAUGGCCUCAAACACAAAGUCCUCCAGUCUCAGCUGGACACUCUGCUCGAGGGGCAGGAGAGCAUCAAGAGCUGCAGCAACUUCACGGCCCAGGCCCUCAACCAUGGCACGGAGACGGAGGUGCUGCUGGUGAAGAAGCAGAUGAGCGAGAAGCUGAACGAGCUGGCGGACCAGGACUUCCCGCUGCACCCGCGAGAAAACGACCAGCUGGACUUCAUCGUGGAGACCGAGGGGCUCAAGAAGUCCAUCCACAACCUCGGGACGAUUUUAACCACCAACGCCGUCGCCUCCGAGACGGUGGCCACGGGCGAGGGGCUGCGGCAGACCAUAAUCGGGCAGCCCAUGUCCGUUACCAUAACGACCAAGGACAAAGACGGGGAGCUGUGUAAGACCGGCAACGCCUACCUCACGGCGGAACUGAGCACGCCCGACGGCAGCGUGGCGGACGGCGAGAUCCUGGACAACAAGAACGGCACCUACGAGUUCCUGUACACCGUGCAGAAGGAAGGCGACUUCACCCUGUCCCUGCGGCUCUACGACCAGCACAUCCGAGGCAGCCCGUUUAAGCUGAAGGUGAUCCGAUCGGCCGACGUGUCCCCCACCACCGAGGGCGUGAAGAGGCGCGUGAAGUCCCCGGGCAGCGGCCAUGUGAAGCAGAAGGCAGUGAAGAGACCCGCCAGCAUGUACAGCACCGGAAAGCGAAAAGAGAAUCCCAUCGAAGACGACCUGAUCUUCCGAGUGGGCACUAAAGGAAGAAAUAAAGGAGAAUUUACAAAUCUUCAAGGGGUAGCCGCAUCUACGAGUGGAAAGAUAUUAAUUGCAGACAGUAACAACCAGUGUGUGCAGAUAUUUUCCAAUGAUGGACAGUUCAAAAGUCGUUUUGGCAUCCGAGGACGCUCUCCCGGGCAGCUGCAGCGGCCCACAGGAGUCGCUGUGCAUCCCAGUGGGGACAUAAUCAUUGCGGAUUAUGAUAAUAAAUGGGUUAGCAUCUUCUCUUCAGAUGGGAAGUUUAAGACAAAAAUUGGAUCAGGAAAGUUGAUGGGGCCCAAAGGAGUUUCCGUGGAUCGCAACGGACACAUCAUCGUGGUGGAUAACAAGGCGUGCUGCGUGUUUAUCUUCCAGCCAAACGGGAAAAUAGUCACCAGGUUUGGUAGCCGAGGAAAUGGGGACAGGCAGUUUGCAGGUCCCCAUUUUGCAGCUGUAAAUAGCAAUAAUGAGAUUAUUGUUACCGAUUUCCAUAAUCAUUCUGUCAAGGUGUUUAAUCAGGAAGGAGAAUUCAUAUUGAAGUUUGGCUCAAAUGGAGAAGGAAAUGGGCAAUUUAAUGCUCCAACGGGCGUAGCGGUGGAUUCAAACGGAAACAUCAUCGUAGCCGACUGGGGAAACAGUAGGAUCCAGGUUUUCGAUGGAAGUGGAUCAUUUCUGUCCUACAUCAACACAUCUGCUGACCCCCUCUACGGCCCCCAGGGCCUGGCCCUCACUUCAGACGGCCACGUGGUGGUUGCAGACUCUGGAAACCACUGUUUCAAGGUCUAUCGGUACUUACAGUAACAGCGGGCAGCUGGACACCUACUUCGAAAGAUCUUACAGUAUAAACUGGAAUGGAUAUCUCAACGCAGGACCAGAAUUAUACGAGACUUUUCGUGCUAGAAGGAAUCAUUGGUGAACUUUCCAAGGUUAUUUCUGAAUGUAACCAUUUCCUUAAAAACUGCAUAUGUGAUUUCUGUAAUCCACAUUUAGGGUUUAAACAAAAGAAAUCUCUUCUACUGAAUCUACAGAAACUGCAGAGUUUUACACCUGUGAACUUGGCUUAUGGGACAGGGAUUUAUGUAGUGAAACUAAUUUUGCAAAUCAAACAAGCAUUAAAAAACAACUAGAAUAUUUAAAGGUAUUUGUUCAUCCUGUGAGUGGUAGCUUUUGCACAGAGCUUCCAAAAACAAAACAGAAAGAAAAUCUGUUGUAGUUACAUACUUUAUUUAACCUUGGUCACAAGACCCAGGGGAUCUUCAAACCUCACUUUGACAGUGGGUAUUACCCUUGUGACAUUUUUUUUUGGUUAUCAACAACUACAUGUAAAUUACUUUAGGAAAGAAGAAAACUGUCUUGCAAAAUCCUCUCAGCUGGGAUGAGCAAGCCUCUUGAGUUUAGCCCUUAAAAAUCAAUGCAAAUUUCCCCUCCUUUCUGGGUUAG